UGUCAAAAUUUAACGACAUUUUUUAAAAACAAAAUUCAUAACAAACAAUUGUGAAAAAUAAAUAAAUUCCUAUUAAAAAUGUUAAAUGCCGAAUAUGAAAUACAAAAUUUUGGUUUCUCUGUUGAACAAAUGAAACUUGAAAGACGCUAUGUAAUCAAGCAACACCUCUCAUCACUUCUCAAACAUUUGGUUAAUUCAUUAAUCAAAAAAUCCAAUCUCUCCCAAGACACAUCCAUCAAAUUGAUUAAUAUCCAAAAAGAUUUAACCGAAAAAAUGUUUGCCUCAUUCGAGAAAUCCCUACAAUCCAUUGAAAAACUCGAUGAACAAAAUUUCUCAAUUCCCGCCAAUGUGCUUCUUCAUCAAGAUUUAAAUCAUGCCAAAGGCUAUACAAAAGACGAUGAAGAUAAAUUACAAAAUAAAGUUGAAGAAUUAAAAAAACAAUUCUUAGAGAAUUCAGUGAUGAUAUCUGCAAUUGAAGCAGAAAACAACAAAUAUCUUGAAAUUCAAAGCAUCAUUCAAGAAGAAUUGAAAGUAUUUCAAACUGUCCAGGAGACCUUUACCGCGAUAAAUAUACAAAAUAUGCGCCAAAUGGUAGAAAAUGUAAACCAAACUCUAAACAAAUCAAAUUCAAAGAAUUAAAAAAUUAAAAAUAGAAUUAAACUGAAUUAUUUUUUAAA